UGAUUUGAACCUUGGGAGAGUCUCUCUGAUCACCUAAUCGAAAGAAGCCAAGAAAGCUCAAGCACCUCCCUCUCAAUCCCCUAUCCUCUCGGAAAUCGCCACUCAGCACGAUUAGUGUUGCAACCAGAUUCUCUGCUCUCCAGCUCACAGUGAACCGUCAAAAUUUCCAUCCUUGAGGAUCUUGAGUUUGCGGAGGAAGAAGCCAUGGGUGCGGGAGCAAGCGCCGAAGACAAAAAGUCGAAGGAGUUGGAAAAACAACUCCAAGAAGAUGCUGAUAAGGACUCUAAAACAGUCAAGCUAUUACUGCUUGGUGCUGGUGAGUCAGGGAAAAGCACCAUUGUAAAACAAAUGAAGAUUCUGCAUCAAGGUGGUUACACAAAAGAGGAACAGUUGGAGUUCAAAGCAGUCAUCUACGGCAACAUCCUGCAGUCUACUCUGGCUAUCAUCAGAGGCAUGGAGAUUCUGGGCAUUGAUUUUGCCUCAUCCUCUACACAGGAGAAUGCACAAAAGCUGCAGAACUUGUCAGACUCCAUUGAAGAAGGCACAAUGCCUGCUGAGCUGUCUGACGUCAUCAUGAAGCUGUGGAAAGACAGUAGUGUGCAGGCCGGCUUCGACAGAGCUGCUGAGUACCAGCUGAACGACUCUGCUGGCUACUACCUCAAUGAAAUGGAUCGAAUCUCCAAGUCAGAAUACCUCCCCACUGAGCAGGACGUGCUGCGAUCUCGAGUCAAAACAACUGGUAUCAUUGAAGAACAGUUUGCCUGCAAAGAGUUAUACUUCAGGAUGUUCGAUGUGGGUGGCCAGAGGUCAGAGAGAAAGAAGUGGAUCCACUGUUUCGAGGGUGUGACCUGCAUCAUCUUUUGCGGAGCUCUCAGUGCAUACGACAUGGUGCUGGUCGAGGACGAUGAAGUGAACCGCAUGCACGAGUCCCUCCAUCUCUUCAACAGUAUCUGCAACCACAGAUUCUUUGCACUGACCUCCAUCGUGCUUUUCCUCAACAAGAAGGAUCUCUUUGAAGAAAAGAUCAAGAAAGUCCACCUGAGCAUCUGCUUCCCAGACUAUGAUGGCUGCAACUCGUACGAGGACGCCAGCAACUACAUCAAGUCGCAGUUCCUGGAACUGAACAUGAAGAAGGGCGUGAAAGAAAUCUACUGCCACCUGACCUGUGCCACGGACACAAGGAACGUUGAGAUUGUGUUCAACGCUGUGACAGACAUCAUCAUCAAAGAAAACCUUAAAAGUUGCGGUCUCUUCUAAGCAGCUCCAGAGUGAAAAGAGAACUUCCUUUCCCACCUGAACCCCUCACGUAUUGGCAUUAACUGAGAAGUGUAGCGUUGGAGCGCAGAAGAUCGUGUUUGUUGUGUUCACGCCAUCGCUUUCAAGCCAGGUCCCGGUCCUUGACUGCUCCUAGCACAUUACCUUCUCCAAUAGUACAUCCCUGCAACAUAAUGCACGCCCAGCUGGGUUGAAACAAUCAUCAAGUCACCAUAUUGUUGUCGUGGACAUUCAGCUUUCUACAAGGUUUUCUGAAGUACAGUAUUUCUCUCACACCAGAGCUGGUUUAAAGGUAUGAAGAUGAAGUAGUUGCUCAUCCGAUCCUCGUCGCUUCCUUUCGACUAACGCUACUGUGUUUUGAGUUGAAUUUAUAAUUGAGACCAAUAUAAUAAUAAUAAGAUAUAAUCUCUGUAAAAAAAAAAAUAUUAAACAAUAAAAUCGGGGGGAAAUAUUAAUAUUUUGAAUAGCAACAUUCCAACCUUGUUUUUGUUUUUGAGUACAGUAGUCUCUGUGGUCUUGAUAUUUAAACUGUAAAAAGUUGCUGAGUAAAUAUCUCAGAUAUUCCCAGUGCUUGCAGUAUAUCCAGAUGACAAACUAAAUUGUACAUGUAUCUAAUCUAAAUAGUGUUAAUGUAUUCAAUUCAUUUAACAUGUUAAUGUGAUGAAUAAAUUGCACAAGGUCAAACACGGUAGAGAAACUUUGUACAUAAAAGUAGGUAAUUCAAUAUAUUUUGAAAGAUACAUCUAUAUGAGAGAGAGUGAAACACUAGAAGGAUAAUGCUUUAUUAUGAAAAGGGAAUGAAAAUCUACUGAGUUUGUCCUUUCUUAUGACAUUUAGAGGCAUGAAAUAA